ACUGCAAAAAUGGUGAAGUUGGCAUUUGGAAGCUUUGGGGAUUCCUUUACUGGUUCUUCCCUCAAGUCUUACUUAGCUGAGUUCAUAGCCACUCUUCUUUUUGUCUUCGCUGGUGUUGGCUCCGCCAUUGCUUACAGUGAUCUUACAUCAGAUGCAGCGUUGGCGCCAGCUGGGCUGGUAGCAAUAGCCUUAGCACAUGCAUUUGCAUUGUUUGUUGGUGUUUCCAUUGCAGCAAACAUCUCAGGUGGUCACUUGAACCCAGCUGUCACCUUCGGAUUGGCCGUCGGCGGUAACAUCACCAUCCUCACUGGUAUCUUCUACUGGGUUGCCCAAUUGCUCGGCUCCGUUGUCGCCUGCUUCCUCCUCAACUUCGUCACCAAUGGCAAGGCCGUCCCAACUCACGGUGUUGCUUCUGGCAUGUCUUCUAUCGGCGGUGUCGUGAUGGAGAUCGUCAUAACCUUCGCAUUGGUAUACACAGUCUAUGCCACCGCGGUUGACCCGAAGAAGGGAUCACUUGGGACAAUUGCUCCGAUCGCAAUCGGCUUCAUUGUGGGAGCAAACAUCUUGGCUGCUGGUCCCUUCAGUGGUGGCUCAAUGAACCCGGCUCGAUCAUUUGGACCGGCUAUUGUAAGUGGAAACUUUGCAGGUAAUUGGAUCUACUGGGUUGGUCCACUCAUUGGAGGUGGUUUGGCUGGAGUGAUUUAUGGUGACAUCUUCAUCGGAUCUUAUUCCCCUGUCUCCUCUCAAGACUAUGCUUAAUUAGGUCAGCCUUCUCAAGCUUUGUAAUUGUGAUAGAGGAUUUGAGGUUUUAAUUUCAUUGUGG